AUGCAGAAGCAGGUGUCGACCAACCCAGGAGAAAAAGUUGCAGCCUUAGCAUUUUGUCUACUGUUCAAUAAGUUACCAGCAUAUGAUGGGAAUCAGCUGCAUGAGGAUGCAUGGAAUGGCCCUACAAAUACAAUGAAUGUAUGGCAACAAUCUGGACUGUUCUUCCUCUAUCCUGAACUGGGAAGCACAAGCAAGAAAUGGAGACCAUCCUGGGACCAAGUCAUGACAUGGCCUCUACCAGCAGAUAGGGGUGAUCAACAUGGAGAGUUGAUUGUCAAAGAUGCAUAUGGGUCGACACAUAUGUUCACAAUCAUUGCCACCCACCAGUACCCAAUACCUGAAGACAUGUAUGCACUGCUUGGUAGCUAUAGCAAGCUGUUGAAGUCCAACAGUGCCAUGCAAUAUUGGGUUGUUGGAUGACUACUGCCAGAGCAGAGGUUUGAGAAACUGUCAGUGUUCAGAAUGACUGACUGGGAUGAGAUUGUGAGGCUGGAGA